GUUCUCCAACAUCUCAAUGAAAUACAACUACAAUGAAGUAGCCCUUCAGCCCUCCGAAACAAAUUGUUGACCAGGAACCUCAUUCUUCUGAGAGCUCUUCGAACCUUGAGAUGUCAUCAGAGUCAAAUAAAAUAUUCCCUUCCGGCAUCAAGCUGUUGUACGAAGCAGACGCUAGCAUAGUAGAUAUUGUCUUCGUACACGGACUCACUGGAGAUCGAGAAAAGACAUGGAAAGCAAAAAACGCGACGGAACCGUGGCCUCAGAGCUUGCUACCUUUGAAAUUACCCAAUGUCCGUGUACUCACAUUCGGAUACGACGCCUAUCCCGCGGACUGGCGAGGCAUGGUAUCGAAGAAUAGAAUUGGGAACCAUGCAAUGAACCUGUUGGCUGCUGUUGCGACCUACAGAGAGGACGAUGAUACAGAUGAGCGCCCGAUUAUCUUCGUAUGCCAUAGCCUGGGAGGCCUUGUAUGUGAGGACGCUCUAGCAACAGCACAACAAAGGCCCGAGAGACACAUCAAACAGAUUCUCAAUUGCACCAGGGGGAUUGUGUUCCUUGGUACACCGCAUCAUGGUUCUGGCCUGGCACAUUGGGCAGAACGUCUGGGCAAGACUAUUGGCUUGGUUAAGCAGACAAAUCCUGAAAUUCUCGCUGUGCUAAAGAGUGAAUCGGAAGUGCUUGAACGCGUUCAGAAUGGUUUCCACACCAUGAUUAGAUCGCGUGCCCUGGACGGAUUUGCACCUACAGAAAUUACGUGCUUCUACGAAGAAUUGCCCUUGGUUGGGGUCGGUGUUGUUGUCCCAAAACACUCCGCCAUCUUACCCGGCUACAUUCCGAUAGGUAUACGCAGCAACCACAUGGACAUGACGAAGUUCGAGGGAACGAACGAUCCGGGGUUCAUCGCCGUGGCUGGCGAGCUUCGGCGAUGGGUGAAGGAGCUAGCGAGGUCAGAUAUUACUGGACCAGUAGGCGGAAAUCCACAAUAUAAUCUCGGCAGAGAAAAUGGGAGUUCGCGGGGGAAUUUGCCCUUACAAAUUACCCAGGGCGGUUCUGAAUUCCAUGGACCGACUACAGUAAGUGGAGGGUCAGUGUUUCAAGGCAACUUUGUUGCCUGA